UAACAGUACACUCCUUCAUUUGUGCUUACAGGGGGACAACUGUGGUGUACAACCACCAAGUCUAUUGCUGAGGGCGAGGAGUUAAUUGCCUUUGUUGUGGAUUUUGACUCAAGGCUACAAGCUGCCACUCAAAUGACUCUUGCGGAGGGGAUGUAUCCAGCGCGCUUGUUGGACACCAUACAGCUCCUUCCUCAACAAGCAGCUAUGGCUUCUAUCUUGCCUACAGCCAUUGUCAACAAAGACAUAUUCCCCUGCAAAUCUUGUGGAAUUUGGUACAGGAGCGAGCGCAACUUGCAGGCCCAUCUCAUGUAUUAUUGCAGUGGUCGCCAGAGGGAUACAGCCCAGCUUCCAGAGGAUAGUGAGGAAAGCACGCCACAGAUGUCCAGUAUCUGCCCAUACCCACAAUGCACCAAAAGCUUUUCUAAUGCCAGAGCACUGGAAAUGCACCUAAACUCCCAUAGCGGUGUUAAAGUUGAAGAUGUCUUUCCUCCCGGGGCCAGCCUGAAAUGUACAGUGUGUAACUACACGGCAGAAUCUGUGAUUAACUUCCACAAACACCUGUUCUCUCAUCUUACUCAAGCUGCCUUUCGAUGCAAUCAGUGCCAUUUUGGCUUUCAAACUCAGAGGGAACUCCUACAACACCAGGAGCUUCAUGUCCCUGGAAGUAAACUGCAACGAGAAGCUGACACCGAACACUCUCCCGGUGCCAAUGAAGCAAAUGCACAACAGACGCCAGAGCUGCUGAAUAAAAAUGAUCUUCUACAAAGCCAAAAGACUGGGUUGAACAAAGAUGCAAGCUCAGACAGUGAACUGGAAAAGAGUGAGAAGAAGCCACAUCCUUUUCUAUCCAAUCAGCGGCUAGAGACGGGCAAUAAAAACAUGUUUUCCUACACUAAAAUAAAAUCUGAGCCAUCAAGCCCCAGGCUUGCAUCAUCUCCUGUACAGCCCACUCUUGGUCCCUCUUUCCCCAUGGCACCUUUUCUAUCUCAAUUUGCUUUUCCCCAUGAUAUAACUGUGGUUCCUCAAGCCUCAGAAAUACUGGCAAAGAUGUCCGAACUGGUACACCGGCGGCUACGACACGGCAGCAAUAGCUACCCCCCUGUUAUUUACAGCCCCCUGAUGCCAAAGGGAGCCACUUGCUUCGAGUGCAAUAUAACAUUCAACAACUUGGACAAUUAUUUGGUACAUAAGAAACACUACUGCAAUAGCCGAUGGCAGCACAUAAGCAAGUCAACAGACUUUCCCAGUGUAACAGAGAAGAUGCCAGAAGCUGUGAGCCCAACCAAUGCUCAGAAUGCGGUCAACCUUCUCAGUACAACUCUUCAUUCUUCUGAAAAUGACAACCAACUGCUUCAGGCCUCCUGCAUUAACUCAGGCAAUGUUCUAGAUCUUCUGGGAUCAAACCUAAAGCCAAGGGACAAAGACUUUGCCUCUGAAGUAAAAAAAUUGCCAAAUGCGAGUAACAAUGAUGAGAAAAUGAAUGGAAAAACAGCAGAAAUUAAAAGUGUUGCACCCCCACAAAUGGAGAGUGACAACAGUGACCCAAACAAAACCACCUGCGAUGCUUGUAAUAUAACCUUCAGUAGGCAUGAAACAUUCAUGGUUCAUAAACAGUACUACUGCGCAACUCGCCAUGACCCUCCAUUAAAGAGAUCAGCAAUCAACAAAGUGCCUGCUAUGCAGAGAACUAUGCGCACAAGGAAGAGGAGAAAGAUGUAUGAGAUGUGCCUUCCUGAGCACGAUCAGAGGCCACAACUUGUUCAACAGCAUUUUCUUCAUGUAGCUAAUCUUGGCAACCCUUGCACAUCUGUCCAAGAGCCAGCAGAAGGCCCCGGGGACUGUUAUCAUCCCAGGUGCGAUAUCUUUCCAGGAGUCGUUCCAAAGCAUUUGGAAACAUCACUUUCAAUUAGUAAAUGUGUUCCCGUGGUGAAAUGCGAAACUUCGCACUCAACCAUUUCCUCCCUUGAGAUGGAUGCACCAAUAGACCUUAGCAAAAAAUGCCUAGCGCAGUCUGAUCGAGUAGCCUCAUCUCCCAAAAGGCUCCUGGACUAUCACGAGUGCACAGUAUGUAAGAUAGGUUUUAAUAAAGUUGAGAACUACCUUACCCACAAGCAAAACUUCUGUCCUGUGACAGCAAGCCAACGCAAUGACAUAGGAAAUCUAGAGAACAAAGUUUUCCCCAAUCCCGAGAGUGAAAGGAACAGCCCUGAAGCCAACUUUGAAAGGAGCUCCAUAAAGUGCGAAAAGAACAGAUCCUCAAAACAGGCCUCACCUAAUGGGAACUUGUUCUCUUCACACUUAGCGACUCUUCAAGGUCUUAAAGUCUUUAGCGAGGCAGCACAGCUUAUCGCCACAAAAGAGGAAAACAAAAAUGCUUUUUUUUCACAAUGCCUUUACCCAGGAGCAAUAAAAAAAGCGAAAGGCGCCGAUCAGCUUUCCCCAUAUUAUGGAAUCAAGCCAAGUGAUUAUAUUUCUGGGUCUCUUGUAAUACACAAUGCGGAUUUAGAUCAAAGCACAAAUGUAGAAAGCGAGUCUCCCAAAAGUCAGAUACCUUCAAAUGGAUGUUCUUUAUUGAAGAAAGAGUCGCUCCCACUAUUGCCAAAAAACCGGGGCAUGGUAAUAGUGAACGGUGGACUUAAGCAGGAGGAUCGGCCUGCUGUAAACUCUCAGCAAGAGAACCUCUCCCAGAAUCCUCCAGCAGAAGACGGAUGUAAAUCGCCCUCCUGGGCACCUGACAAACCUCCAGCAGCUAAUGAAAACGUUUCUCCAGCAGCCCCGGCUGUUGAGGAUCAGGCAUCGAGCCUAACGAAAACCGUGAACGGAUCUGGAGCAGCUGCAGCCAGCGGGAAGUAUUGUCGCCUGUGCGACAUCCAGUUUAACAAUCUUUCAAACUUUAUUACUCACAAAAAGUUUUACUGUUCGUCACAUGCUGCCGAACAUGUCAAGUGA